CUAACUUUUGAAAAUCUAGCUAGCAAAGGAAAUUGAUCUAUAGAAGUAAAUUGAAUUCAAUGAGAUAUUUUUCAUUUCGUUAAAGUUAAUAAGAUUGGUAUUUUUACCCUUCUAACUGCAGUUUUACAUUUUAUAUUAAUUAAUUAUAGGAUAUUUGUAGCAAAAAAUAUGUCAAAGCAUACCGUAAAAUGAAACGUCGUAAUGUCAUAUGACUAUUGAAGUCGGAACUACCAACAUAAUCAGUGCGUCCACCAUUUUUACGCAGCUGAUGUUUGUUUGAGAUAAAAUAAUUUAGAAUUCUUUCUAAAUAAAAUCUCAAAAUGGGUGCUUCUUUCAUCCCCAUCACUGUAUUCACCGUCCUGUGGGGCAUUGUGGGCAUUGUAUGCCCAUUCUUCGCCCCUAAAGGCCCGAACAGAGGGAUUAUCCAGGUGGUUUUGAUGUUAACUGCCGCCACAUGCUGGUUAUUCUGGCUGUGUGCGUACAUGGCACAGAUGAACCCCCUCAUUGGACCCAGACUUGACAACGAAACACUUAUCUGGAUGGCGCAUACUUGGGGCAACAAAAUCGUGAAGUAAAGUUGGCAGAGUCAUCCACCUUCCCCUAGCGAUAAGUGUUAAAAGUUCUGUGUCGUAUAUUAAAACAUGCUAUUUAAAUAUUUAUUGUAAAAUACUAUCAAUUCAAUUAAAAAAUAAGCGUACAUUUGACGUGUUAAAAAGGUUACAUAUUGACAGUAUUACCUCUUUUAAAAAGUUGCUUGUUCUUGUCUAUGGUGGUGUCGUCAGAUCCUUUACCCGCUGGAAAAUUGUUAUCAUUCCAAUAAAAUGAUUUCUGUAAUAUAAUGAGUAAUUCUGUAAACUACGUGUGUAUAAAAUUUCUUUAAUUUUAUUGUAGAUAAAUACAUUUAUUUCAGGUUAA